AAGUGUUUCCGUGAAAACAAAAAACGCUCGCUGUUAUUUGGUUUCUCAUUUGACGUGUAAAAUUGCUGAGGACAGCUAAACAAUUUCUGUGUUUAAACAAUGCCCGUUUGUUCCGCUUAUAAGUGCAAGAAACGCUCAGAUAGAGAGUUUAAAGAGGCAUACAGCAGGGGCGAGUUUUCUUUUCACAAAUUUCCAUUAGCUGAUGGAUUGAGAGUGAGAGAGUGGCUUCGUCGGAUGAGAUGGCAGAACUGGUGGCCAACUGGAAACUCGGUCCUGUGCUCGGAUCAUUUUGAGAAGGACUGUUUUGAACAAAUGGGAAGUCACAAACGGUUGAAGAGCAACGCUGUCCCAACUAUCUUUAACUUUCCUAAACAUCUCCAGUCGAAGGGGCAAGCUGUCAAGAGACGAUCUCUGAAUCGUAAGCCAAUAGAAGUCCCAAUCAAACCAAAACCAACACCAGUGCAAAAGCCAGUAUUACCAUGUCUUGAAGGGAAGUAUGUUCAUGUGACUCAGCUGGAUUCUGAUGGGUCGAGCCGUGGCCCCUUUCAUCCUGGCAGCUUUCAUGAUGAUUACUGCAAACCACAGAGCUUUCACUGGAUGAAGUUGUCAGAGGGUGAUGAUGACACCAGUGAUCCUGGAAAUGAUGUUGCCAGUGAUGAUGAUGAUGAACCUCUUGACACACCUGAAAAUACCAAUACUCCGUUUAUCAGGGUGACCGAGAGAUGGCAGUGGCUGAGUAUAGAUGUUACAGGGCCAUUUCGAGAAAGCAAAGGUCCCUACAGCCACGUAGUCAUCAUCUGUGAUUAUUACACCAAAUGGAUUGAAAUCUUCCCAUCAGAAAAGCCUAAUUCUGAUUCCAUUGCUCUGCUCAUGUGUGAUGCCAUUUCCCGAUAUGGUUUUCCUUUGGGAUUUCUCACACCGUGGGGGGCCAGAGGGAUUCAGGUCAGAACAGUUAACAGAGCACUCAGUAAUAUUCUGAAGAUAAAGGACAUUUCCCUGGUCUCUCGGCAUCACCAGGCUUCACAGAUUGAGCCUUACACGCAAUACCACAUUUUCAAUAUGGUGGAAAAUCUAGUGAAGAAGUAUCCAGAAAGUUGGCAUGCUUUUCUACCUGUCAGUGUGUUGCGCUUCAAUUGCAGCGUGCAUCCAAAGACCAAACACAGACCUCUAUCCCUCCAUCGCUGUGAGGGAAUUAAACCUUCUUCAUCACCCAGAGAUCAGCCGCUCAGUGAAGAUGACCUUGCAAAGUACACUUUUAAAAUUGAGAAACCAAACCCUUUAAAAGAACUCCAGGCACUAAAAAGAUUAUUUAGAGAAUCAGCGGACUGCAUUGUUGUAUUGUAAAGCUGAAAAACUGUGUGCCGGAGGAAUGUAGGUCUGUGUAUGACUUCAAAAUGAAGAAAAACAUGAGGAACAAGCUCAUUACAGAACACAAACUCAAUACAGAGAUCAGUUAAAGUCCAUAGAUACCCAGACUGAGGUGUUAUUGAUAAGCGAUUUUCAUAUUGAAAUGUUAUGGCAAAUAGAUACCAUUUAAGGUAUUGAAGAGAGGAGUCGUGGAUGUAAAAUAAACCAACUGUAUGGAAAGAAGGGGGAAAAGACAUAGUUUCCUGAAUGUCAUAGCUCAUCUGUAGUGAUUGUACACUGAUUUAACAGGUUAAAGGGACUGUUCACCUAAAAUGAAAAUGGUCAUCAUUUACUCACCCUCAUGCUGUUCCAAUCCAGACAUGUAUGACUUCUUUCAUCAUAGCAUUUUUUUUCUCCCUUCCAUACAAUAGAACUGAAUGAUGACUCACAGAAGAAAACAAAAACUAAUACAGUUAAAUUCUCAUUGCCCACAGACAGCAAGGUCUUGUUCAUGUGUUUAUUCUUCUUUUGACACUAUGUCUUCCUGUAUUACAUGUUCAUGUGCAGUUUUUCAACAAAUGCAGUCAUUAGGCUUGUUCGAGAUGCCAAAUGUCUUGCCUUGAAAGUAGACGAGAGUAGACUGCGGCUGUAGUCUGGGAAGUAGUGAAAUAAGAGCUAUCAAGUCGGACAGUUCUCACUUCUGGUAGUGGAUCAGAUCAGACGCCUUCGAGAUCAAAUGCAGAUAUCGCGGGAUGCUGAUGGGUUGCUGAUGAAGUGGAUAUUAUUUAAAUUAUAUUGCUUUAUAAUGAAAAUAAAUGUGAUGAAAAUG